AUGGAGAAGAACUUGACCGUUUUAUUCCUUGUGCCUUCUUUGAUUGCAAGUGCGUACAGUGCAAUACCAGCCACAGAGCAGGGGAAGAACAAAUGUGACGAGAAGACCUUCAUUACCACAAAAACCCAGUGCCGUCCUUGUUCUCUGAAUUAUGACAUUCAGUGUCCUGAAGGCUUUACCAGAAUUGCCAAUGGUUCUGGGACGCAAGACUGCAGGUUUUAUGGUCAGUUCAGGGGGGACUCAGUUCUCUCAUUCCUGGGAUGUCAGCAUACAUGUAUGAAGGAGAAUCAGCAGCCUCAGUGUUGUCCAGGUUACUGGGGACCUGACUGUCUAGAAUGUCCAGGUGGGGCAGCAUCUCCCUGCAAUAACAGAGGACAUUGCUCUCAGGGCAUUACUGGGAAUGGAGUCUGUACCUGCCAGAAAGGAUUUGCUGGAGUUGCAUGUGAAACAUGUGAUAAAGAUCUUUUUGGACCUCUCUGUAUGUCAGUAUGUCACUGCAUUCAUGGAAUCUGCAACAGUGGGAUGAAUGGAGAUGGAAAAUGCACAUGUUUGUUUGAAUACAAAGGCCCGAGUUGUGACCAACCGAUACCGGAAUGCCGGUCCUUGCAGUGCCCAGAAAACUCCAGGUGUACCGUCUCCAAGACAGAUAAAACUCAACUAGAAUGCAAAUGCCUCCCCAGCUAUCGGGAAGAGGGCAAAUACUGCAAACCCAUCAACCCAUGCUUAGAACAGGUCUGUGAUCCUCGUGCUGACUGCAUCUACCUUGGACCCAAUCGUCAUACAUGUGCAUGCCAGAAUGGCUAUGAUGGAGAUGGUCAAGUUUGCACUCCAAUAGAGCCUUGCCAUACAAAAUCUGUGCAUUGUCCUACAGAGUCCACUGUCUGUAAAUAUGAUGGCCCUGGAAAGUCCCACUGUGAAUGCAAAGAACAUUUCAGCAACUUUGUAGAUGGAGAAGGAUGCAGUAUGACGGAUAUCUGUGCAUCUAACAAUCCCUGCCAUAAAUACGCAAUGUGCACAAUGAUUGCACCAGGAAAGACUCAGUGUGCUUGCCAAAAGGGAUAUGGAGGCAAUGGGUUUGUAUGUUACAGAAAUAUCAUAGACCAAAUCAGGGACAUGAACUCUUUGCCUGGAGGGCAGUGGCAAGGAAAACUAACAUCUGCUGUACAGCUCUUUGGAUAUGCCUAUGAACGUCAGCUGAGUACACUGGGGCCAUUUACAGUGCUUGUUCCAACAAAUGAGGGUUUCAAAGGAAAAAAUAUGGCAGACUUUCAUUCUAAUAAACAGAGUGCCCAGUAUUUUGUAAAGCUCCACAUAAUUCCUGGUCAACUGGACCUAAGUGAGUUGAAUAAUUCAAGAACGGUUUACACUCUGUCUGGCAAACUAGGAGACAUAUUAAAUGAAAAGGACAAUCUGUUAAGAAUUAGAAUUCAGGGAGGAAAGAAAAAAGGAAAAAUCCUUCAAGGGGGUAUUCCUGCCUGCAAUGGAAUUGUGCACAUUAUUGAUACAGCUCUGGACAACAUGGAACCUACCUUUGAAGGGAAUGAAGAGAAAUCUAUAAUGAAAGUUCUUCAAGACAAAACAAGAUACAGCACGUUUAUAUCCUUAAUAGAGAAAACAGGCAUGGGACCAAGUUUAGAUAAACAUCCUGGUCCUAAUACAGUUUUCAUUCCAACCAAUAGUGCUUUGGAGAACUUGGAAGAUGGAGUUCUGGACUACCUGUUGUCAAGUAAGGGUUCACGAAAGCUUCAUGAGCUAGUUCAACAUCACAUCGUUCCUCGAACCCAGCUGGAGGUUGCCAGCCUGAUCUCAACAGGGCUCAUCAAGACCAUGACUCAACAGUUCAUCUACUUUAAUAUCACUAAAAGCGGGCAAAUCCUGGUCAAUGGUCAAGCAAUAGAAGAAGGAGACAUUGUUGCAGAAAAUGGACGGAUUUAUAUACUCUCUGGUGUUCUUAUGCCUCCCUCCAUAAUCCCAGUUCUGCCACAAAGAUGCGAUGAAGAGAGAACUGAAAUUGUACAGGAUAUUGCAAGCAGUAAAUGUAUUUAUUAUGACCAUCCCUUCGUAAGACAUGGGUGUGCUAAAUACUGCAAUGUUACAAUAAAGGAGCCUAAGUGUUGUAAAGGAUUCUUUGGUCCAGACUGCAAUAAAUGUCCAGGUGAUAUUUCCAGUCCCUGUUCAGGCAAUGGACAGUGUAUGGAUGGAAUGAACGGAAAUGGAACUUGUGUUUGCAAUAGUGGAUUUGAAGGAUCACUCUGCCAGUUCUGUUCAGAUUCCACUAAAUAUGGACCUCAGUGUGACACAACCUGUAUGUGUGUUUAUGGCAAAUGUGACAAUCGAAUAGAUAGCGAUGGAACCUGCCUUCCUGGCUCAUGCAAAAGUGGAUAUGCUGGGAAAUUAUGUGACAUGCAGGUGUUUCCAUGCAUGGAGAUGUCUCAGCUCUGUAAUGGGCAUUGCCUGUUCAGCAAUGGCUCCAUGAGCUGUGCUUGUAAACCUGGAUAUGAAGGAGAUGGAAUAAUAUGCAGUGAAGUAGAUCCUUGUGGAAAUUCAACCUUCCAUCGUUGCAGUACUCAUGCAGACUGUGUUGUCACUGGGCCCGGAACCCAUGAGUGUGUGUGCCAGCCAGGAUGGACAGGGAAUGGGAGAGACUGCUUGGAAAUCAAUAACUGCUUGCUGCCCAGUGCUGGAGACUGUCAUAGUAAUGCUACCUGUCUACAUACAGGUCCCGGUCAGAACAAAUGUGAAUGUAAGGAAAGGUUUCGGGGGAAUGGAUAUGAAUGUGAAUCCAUAAACCCUUGUCUGGAACAAAACGAAACAUGCCACCCUCUGGCAAUUUGUCAGUUGUCAGCUUCUAGGGUCUGGGAAUGUGUGUGCCCAAAGGGCUAUGAAGGAGAUGGCAGAAUAUGCUACGGAAAUGCUGUGGAUGCAUUGUCUUCUUUGUCUGAAGCAGCUGGCUUCAAAGAGUGGGUUGAUACAGGUGCAAUUACAGCGCUACUGACAGAUAUGUCAAAUCUAACCAUCUUUGUGCCUUCUCGACAAGCAAUUGAAAACAUGGACCAAGAUGAGAGAGCUGUUUGGAUGUCUAAAAGCAACAUCCCAGCCCUAAUAAAGUCUCACAUAUUAGAUGGAACCUACACAGUUGCUGACUUCCAGAAUAUGUCUUUGUCUGAUGACCUGCAUGACAACUCUGUCCCAGCCUCCAGAGGAAAUGAAAAUCUUAUUGCUAGGACCAACAUUGUUGCUGGAGAUAUUGUAGCCACAAAUGGGAUUAUACACAUUAUUGAUAAGGUUCUUACACCCCGCAGAAGAGUGAGGUCCUCCACACCACCAAAACUUCUUGUCCGUUUGGAACAGAUGCCGGACUACACCAUUUUCAGGGGUUAUAUCAUUCAAUAUAACCUGGCAAGUGAAAUAGAAGCAGCUGGCACUUAUACCAUUUUUGCCCCCGAUGACUAUGCCAUUAAAAGUUACCUCAAGGAUAAACAGCUGACUUCUCUGGAUGAAGACCAAAUCCGGUUCCACAUUGUUCUAGAGGAGAAGCUCUUCAAGAAUGACUUGCAUAAUGGGAUGUUCAGGGACACCAUGCUUGGAUUUUCAUUUAGAGUAGGAUUCUUCAUCCAUGAUGCUCAGGUCUACAUAAACGACGCACCUGUAAACUAUCCAAAUGUUGCAACUGAAAAGGGAAUAAUCCAUGGACUGGGGAAAGUAAUGGAAAUCAAGAAGAACCGAUGUGAUACCAAUGAUACUGUGCUAAUAACUGAAGGAAGCAGACAAAUCUGCUUCUACUACAAACCUUAUGAGCGCACCAUGGAAAAGGGAUGCCGGGUCCAAUGUGCGAAGACUGUAAUUACCAGAGAAUGUUGUGCGGGUUUCUACGGCACACAGUGUGAGCCUUGUCCACAAGUAGCUGGAAAUAUUUGCUUUGGGAAUGGGAUUUGUAUGGAUGGCUUCAAUGGCACUGGCUUUUGUGAGUGUGAAGCGGGCUUCAAAGGACUGGCCUGUGAUAGCUGCAUUGAAGGCAAAUAUGGCACCAACUGUGAUCAAGAGUGUAUCUGUAUCCAUGGGAAAUGCAACAGUGGCAUAAAAGGGGAUGGCUCUUGUGAAUGUGACGUUGGCUGGAGAGGUGUGAAAUGCGAUACCGAAGCCAAAGAUGACAACUGCAACAAAACUUGCCACACCAGUGCAAACUGCCUUCUUAAUCCUAAAGGGACAUCAUACUGCAAAUGUGCAGCUGGGUUUAAAGGGAACGGGACACAUUGUACAGCCAUUGAUGGAUGUGAAAUCAGCAAUGGAGGUUGUUCCCCUGAAGCAGAAUGUAGACGGACCACUCCAGGAAAUCGAGUGUGUGCUUGCAAAACAGGUUACACUGGAGAUGGAAUAGUCUGUCUUGAAAUUAACCCCUGCAUAACAAAUAAUGGCGGAUGCGACAAAAAUGCUGAAUGCACUCAUAUCGGACCCAAUCAGGCAGCAUGCAACUGUUUAAAAGGAUAUUCUGGAAAUGGCAAUACAUGCACCUAUAUCAGUUUAUGUUCAAUUAAUAAUGGCGGCUGUGGGGAAAAUGCGAUCUGCAAUGAUACCGAAGGGACAGAAAGGAGCUGUGCAUGUAAACCCAGUUACAUUGGGGAUGGAUUUACUUGCAGAGGCAGCAUCAUCCAGGAACUUUCAAGAGAUUUCAACAUGAGUCGAUUUAAAAUGUAUCUUCAGGAUGCUGGCAUCCAAGAUAUGGAAGGGGCCGGCCCUUUCACUGUUUUUGUACCCCACAGAAAAGCAGUUCAAGUGAAAAUUUCCGACUGGGUCAAAAAUGGCAUGAUGCCCCAGAUCCUUCGCAACCAUAUAGUAGCUUGUAGUGCAUUACUCUAUGACGAUCUGACAGCAGACAAAAAUGUGACAACUCUCCAGGGAGAACAACUCAAGAUCACAAUCUCACAGAAUUCAAUAUUUUUAAACAGCAAAGCUAAGAUUUUAACCAGUGAUAUAAUAAGCACAAAUGGAAUCAUACAUAUCAUAGACAGUUGGCUGAUUCCACAGAGGAUUCAAGACUUCGCAACAUCUAAUCCGGCAACUGAGAGGGAAAGUCUCAAAAUGGUUGCAGCAAAAAAUGGCUACAUCAUGUUUGCCAACUUGCUAGAGAGUGCUGGGUUGUUUGGCUUCCUCAAUGAUCCCGCUCACCAACCAAUCACUUUGUUCUGGCCCACUGACAAAGUGGUCAGAGCUCUGCCUGCAGAACAGCAGGAUUUUCUAUUUAAAAUGUCAAACAAGGAAAAAUUGCAGCAAUAUCUGAAAUUCCACAUUAUAAGAGAUGUCAAGAUCCCAGCCUCUGCCCUCCCUACCUCCAGUUCACUGACAACAGUUCAAGGUUUUGAUAUCAGUGUGACAUGCAGUAAUUACAAUAAUGAAAUUGGUGAAUUGUAUGUCAAUGAUAGGAGCUGUAAGAUAGUACAAAGGUAUCUGGAGUUUGAUGGCGGUGUUGCUUACGGGAUUGACUGCAUAUUAACAGAUCCUAACCUUGGAGGUCGCUGUGACACUUUCAUCAGUCACGAUGUUUCGGGAGAUUGCGGUAGUUGUUACAGAACUCCAAAGUGUCCUGCUGGGGCUAAAGUAAAGGGACAACAGAUAUACCCAUGUACUUACAAUAGCUACGGAAGACUCCGGGAAGGCUGUCAGAGGAACUGCUCUGUGUUUGUCAGGGUACCACAGUGCUGCAAGGGCUACUUUGGGUAUGACUGUCAAGCCUGCCCAGGAGGGCCAGAAGCUCCGUGUAACAGCCGUGGGUCUUGUGAUGAAGGAUAUUCUGGCACAGGGCAAUGCACAUGUUAUGGUGGCUUCAAUGGGACUUCGUGUGAGUUCUGUCUGCCUGGAAGAUAUGGCCCGGAUUGCAGAUUCUGUCAGUGCACGGAGAACGGACAGUGUGAUGAAGGAAUUUCUGGAUCAGGACUGUGCAUCUGUGAAACUGGAUGGACAGGAAAGUUCUGUGAAACCAAAUUAGAUGUGGCGCCAGUGUGUUCACCCAGCUGUUCCAUUAAUGCUGUGUGCAAGGCCCAAAACAUCUGUCAGUGUAAACUAUUUUAUAUUGGAGAUGGAAUCACUUGUACAGCUAUGAACCUCUGUAAGAUAUCCAAUGGUGGCUGUCAUAAGAAUGCAAGAUGUUCACAAUCUGGCGUGAAAGUCAAUUGCACGUGUCAAAAAGGAUAUAAAGGAGAUGGCCGCAUCUGCACGGCUAUCAACUCUUGUACAGAUGGGUUCAAUGGUGGUUGCCACGAACAUGCAAUUUGUACAAAAACAGGGCCUGGUAAACGCAAGUGUGAAUGCAAAGAUAACUACAUUGGCGAUGGAAUCGACUGCGAAGUGAAACAGCUCCGAGUGAACCGAUGUUUGCAAGACAAUGGACAAUGCCAUGCUGAUGCUGACUGUGUAGAUCUCCAUUUUGAGGAUGCAACGGCUGGAGUUUUUCACCUGCGUUCUCCCCAGGGACAGUACAAACUGACUUUUGAUGAAGCAAAUAAAGCCUGUGCAGAUGAAGGAGCAACUCUAGCUACAUACAAUCAGCUCUUAUAUGCCCAGAAGGCAAAGUACCACUUAUGUGCAGCUGGCUGGCUGCAGUCUGGGAGAGUAGGCUAUCCGACGGCCUUCUCUGCCCCUACCUGUGGUGGAGGAUUGGUUGGGAUCAUCGACUACGGAAUCAAACUCAACCAGAGUGAAACAUGGGAUGCCUUCUGCUACAGAGUCAAAGAUGUUAAUUGCACUUGCAGAAUUGGCUAUGUGGGUGAUGGAUUUACAUGUACUGGGAACCUACUUCAAGUCCUCAUGUCUGUCCCAACAUUUACAAACUUUGUCUCGGAAAUCUUUACUUACUCAAAUACCUCAAGGAAAGGUCAAGAAUUCCUGAAAUACCUCACAAAUUUGUCAAUUAAGGCUACAUUGUUUGUGCCAGACAAUGACGGACUGAAGGAAAAUGAGACACUUUCUGGAAGAGACAUUGAGUACCAUUUGUCCAACAUGAGCAUAUUGUACUAUGAAGACUUGACCAAUGGAACUACCCUUCAAACCAGGAUAGGGAAAAAGCUAUUAAUUACACAUGGUGAAAACCAAGAAAAACAGGCUUCAGCAACAAGGUAUGUGGAUGGAAGAGCUAUCCUUGGGUGGGACGUUGUUGCUUCCAAUGGGAUCAUCCAUGUCAUUGCGGCACCCCUGAAGGCUCCUCUACCCCCUGCAAUCUUACAUCUUGGAGUUGGAACAGGAAUAUUCUUUGCCGUUCUGCUCAUCAUCGGAAUCAUCGCCCUUAUUGGGUACACGUACUUCAGAUUUAAGCAAGGAGAUAUUCGCUUCCAGCGUUUCAAGCAAAAGAAUGAUAUCGAUGUAACUACACUGGGCACAGCCCAGGCUUCAAACAUCUCAAACAUUAACUAUGAUGGCUCAAGAACUUCACCACCAGAUCUCCCUUAUGAUCCAUUUUCAGAUUCUGAUGUACGUGAGUUGGUGACUAAUGAACUUCCUGCAGAGCUCUGA